AUGCAGAGACUGUCCAAGACUGAUGCUGCGCUGAGCGUACCGCAAGGCUCGUUGAACAACUCGGCCGGCGAGUCGCAGCCUACACCUAAUUCGUCUUUCCUGGUUGGCGUGACGGAAGACAAGAACAAGAAAUGUCGCCGUACCAUGGAAGACACACAUUCAUAUCUUUACAACUUUCUUGGCACCCCUGCGCCUGUACUCUCCUCGGACACCUCAUUAUCCAAGAAAAGCUCCAGAGAAGAUCGAAACAGUCUGAGCACCAUCCCCUCCAAUUCGGGCCAGCAUGUGGUAGAGACGGACAAUGGCUAUUUUGCUAUCUUUGACGGGCAUGCGGGCACCUUUGCCGCCGAGUGGUGUGGGAAGAAAUUGCAUGUCAUUCUGGAAGAAUUAAUGCGCAAGUAUCCUAACACGCCAGUUCCAGAGUUGCUUGAUCAGACAUAUACUUCGGCCGACAAUCAAUUAGAGAAAUUACCGCUUAAGAACAGUGGUUGUACAGCAAUCACUGCGGUCCUGCGGUGGGAAGACCGCGUCCCUACCAACCAUUCUGCUACGGGUUCUCAGGCUAUUGCAUCGUUGGCCGCUGCAGCAGCUAAAGAGGCAGAGAAGAACGAGAAGAACAAUGACUCACCGAAAGACGGAAAAGACUCUACCCCCAGAUCCAAUUCAACGGCUGAAGCGGCGGCAGCAGCGAUACAAGAGGCCAAGCAAAAAGCUACGCGACAAAGAGUACUGUACACCGCUAAUGUUGGUGACGCCCGAAUUGUAUUGUGUCGCAAUGGGAAGGCGCUUCGUCUGUCGUACGAUCACAAAGGAAUGGACGAAAAUGAGGGACGAAGGAUUUCUAAAGCUGGAGGCCUGAUACUGAACAACCGGGUGAACGGGGUGCUGGCCGUGACGCGAGCAUUGGGGGACUCGUAUCUCAAAGACUUGGUAACCGGGCAUCCUUAUACAACGGAAACCGUGAUUCAGCCUGACCAAGAUGAGUUCUUGAUCUUGGCCUGUGAUGGAUUAUGGGAUGUCUGCUCGGACCAGGAAGCAGUUGACUUGGUCCGCAACGUUAACGACCCACAAGCUGCCUCGAAAAUUCUAGUAGACCAUGCAUUAGCCCGUUUCUCGACAGACAACCUUUCUGUCAUGGUUGUUCGGUUCGAUCCGCAGAAGCUGCAACAAAACACUAAGAUGGACAUUGGGGUGGAGACGGAAACGACCAAAGACAAACUCGCGAUCAGCGAAGUUGAGAUGCUGGUGGGAGAAGCGCGGCGGCAUUCCGGACUGGUUCAAGAAGGGCAAAUUUCUGAUCAGGACUCGGAAGAAUUGAGGCAGUCGGUGAUCAAGGAACAGGAAGAAGAGGAUCAAGAAACGGGACCAGAGUAUACACCGGAGGGCCAAACCGAGGCUGAGAAGAUAUUGUCGGAGAAGAAAUCAGAGCAGGAGAAGAGCAGUGAAAGUUGA